AUGGAGAUCAUCUAUCGUUGUCCCGACGAGGCGGGCGUGACUGUCCCGAACGGCGUUCUCCUCCCGGAAUUCGCGCUCGAGAAUGCGUCGCGAUGGGCCGACAGACGCGCGUUCGUCGAUGGAGUCACGGGCCGCACGCUCACGUUUGCUCAGGUGGACGAGCUCGUGUACAACAUCGCUGCUGGCAUCACCGAUCUUGGUAUCCGUCCUGGCGAGUCCGUCCUACUGCUUCUCCCAAACAUGCCUGAGUAUGCCGUGCUCUUCCUCGGGAUCAUCGCAGCGGGUGCGGUGGUAACCACCGCCAACCCCGCCUACAGCGCUCGCGAGCUGGCGCACCAGAUGGUGGACGCGGGGGCCCGCAUGGUCAUCACGUCGCCAGAGCUGCUAGAGAAGGUGCAUCACGUCAAGACAGGCCAGUCCAUUGUCUUUGUCGUCAUCAAUAAUGAUAGCAGCAGCAGCAGCUCCAACCCCCCGGGCACCAUGAGCAUCGACCGCUUGCUCCGUGGCAACGGGUCCAAGAUCCGAUCACAGCGACAACACCUUCACACGACCCAUCAGCAACAGCAACACCACCCCUCUGUCACAGCACCAAAAGCACCACCAACAGCAGCAGUGGUACCCUCCCAGCACGACACGUGCGCGCUGCCCUACUCAUCAGGCACUACGGGCGUGUCUAAAGGCGUCAUGCUCUCCCACCGCAACCUCAUAGCCAACGUACAGCAGCUGCUGGCGGGGACUAACCCGCGACUGGACCUGUGUGGGGAGGACGUGGUGCUGGGGCUGCUGCCCAUGUUCCACAUCUACGCCAUCACCCUCGUCAACCUCCUCUCCCUCCGUGGGGGGGCCUGUGUCGUCACCCUCCCCAGGUUCGACCUGCACCAGUACCUGCGAACACUGCAGGAAUACAAAAUAUCUGUCGCGCCCAUCGUGCCGCCCAUCAUCCUAGCCAUGGCCAAGCUGCCCCUCGUUGACUCCUUCGACCUCUCCUCGCUGCGCCGGGUCGUGUCGGGCGCGGCUCCCCUGGGGGCGGAGCUUGAGACCGCCUUCAGAGCAAAGUUUCCCACCGUGCAGCUGGGGCAGGGCUAUGGCAUGACAGAGGCCUCACCCACCGUCACUGCCUCGCGCCUCUUUGCCCGCGUGCCCCACCCACCCGCUCCCGGGUCGUGUGGGUCAGUGUUGCCGCUGACGGAGGUGAAGGUGGUGCACACGGGCACGGGGGAGUCGCUGCCGCCGAAUGAGAGAGGGGAGCUCUGGGUGCGAGGGCCACAGGUCAUGAAAGGCUAUCUGAACAAUCCCGAGGCGACAGCAGCCACAAUCACGCCGGACGGCUGGCUGCGCACGGGGGACGUGGCAUAUGUGGACAAGAUGGGGGAGAUCUUUGUGGUGGACAGGGUCAAAGAGCUCAUCAAAGUGAAAGGCUUUCAGGUGCCUCCUGCGGAGCUGGAGGGCCUGCUCAUUGCCCAUCCCGACAUUGCAGAUGCUGCAGUUGUUCCUGCCCCAAGUGAAGAGAGUGGGGAGGUGCCGGUGGCAUUUGUUGUGUUAAGUCAAGGUGGUGCCAAGCUGUCAGUCAAAGAAGUCAAGGAUUUCAUCAGCAAGCAGCUGUUUGCAAGACUUGUGAGUGCUUUCAGACCCACAUUUUUGCCAUGCUUCUCAGUCCUAGCUCUGUCUGUACCUUCCGUGGUGGAAAAAGGCUUUCGUGAUGACAUGCUUCCAUGGAGCAACGGAGGCCAAGUGCAUGUCAAGUCCAACUUCAUGCUCAGUGAUGAGGAACGAGCCAAGAUUGCGGCUAUGCGUGCCAGAUCGAUGAGCAAGCGCAAGGAUGGCAGCAGCAGCGGCACUGUGACUCCCAUCGCCAGUGGCACCGUGACACCCCACACUGUCAGUGCAGUGCUCGCCUCUCCCGUUGCAUCCACUGCUCCAGCAGCCUCCAAGGCUUCAACAGCGACCGAAACAGCAGCAGCGAGCACCACAGAGGUGACUGCUGCCACUACAACAACAACAACGACGACCACCACCGUCACUACUAGCACAACUGCGACAACUGAAACCGCUGCAGCCGCCACAGUCACAGCGUCUACAGCGACCAGUACCGUUUCAGCUGCAGCCCAGAAGGAAAGCGUGGCUGUGACUACAGCGCUUGCAGGGAGUGCAGCUGCUGGGGCUCCUGUGGAUAUGUCCAACGUGAUGCUGGUGUUUGAUGGCAGUGAUGACGAGUCUGGCUAUACUGAGUCGUCUCUAGAAGAGUCUGUCAGUGCGCAGGUUGCUCCUGCUGCACCUGUCGCUGCAGCUGUUGUCCCUGCUGCUGCCUCGCCUGUGGUUUCCACUGGUGUCCCGGAUUCUGUUCCUGAGGUUGUUGCUGCUUCGGUUUCUCAAGCUGCUCAGGUGGUGCAGGUUCAGGGUCCUGACUCGAUUGCAACUGCAACAGUGGAGGUGGUGAAAGAGGUGCAGAAGGAGGUUCAGGCCACAUCAGCACAGCAAAUGGCAUCAGCGACCACCACCAAGACUGACGUCACCAUCAUCAAGACCGCCACGCAGGUCGCCAGUGAAGCCACAACCAUGACAUCAGCAAAGGUUGCCUCAGUUUCAACCUCAACCAAGGCUGCCGCCUCAGCAGCAGCCGCAUCUGCAGGGGCUUCCGUGCAGGCCACUAUGAGCAGCACGACAGGCAGGGCGAGCGAGCAGUCUACUGUGCGAGGAGGCGGUGGCGGUGCUGCUGACCUCAAUGGCCGUGUUGGCAGCAGCAGCCGACAGCCAGCGAUGGCAGACAGCGAAGCCGCAGAGAGCAGCUGGGAGAGCGGGGAUGAGGUGGAGAGCAUGGAAGGGUCGUCAGUAUCAGGGAUGACGGACAGGCAGGUGGUUAAGAGGGGCAGGGGGUUGUCUGGCAAGGGGCGGAAUCGCAAUGGAGGGCUGCUGGGGCAGGUGUUGCGGGUUGGCGAUGGGCUCACGCCGGUGAUGAAGCAGGUGCUGGGGACGGGCGCGUUCAUGCUGGCUAUGGUUGCGCUCUGGCCGCGCCCACAGAAGCAGAGCCGAGUCCAGCUGGAAACUGAUGCUGAUGGCAAGGUGUGGGUGGUGAAGCCGGGCGAAACUCUCAGCUCUAUCCUCCCGCGCGAAGUCUACUGCAAUCCCUCCUCAAAGUUCUUUGAGCUCAACCCAGAG